AUGCGCGAAAUUUUGAAUAUCCAAGCAGGCCAAUGCGGUAACCAGAUCGGCUCUCGAUUUUGGGAAGUGAUAUCCGGAGAACACGGUAUCCAGCCGGACGGCACCUACCAGGGUAGCAACGAUCUGCAGCUGGACAAGAUAAGCGUGUUCUUUAACGAGACAUCCUUCAAGCGUUACAUCCCUCGCACGGUCAUCGUCGACUUGGAGCCCGGCACGAUAGACGCUAUUCGCUCGAGCACUUUCGGCGACAUAUUCCGCCCGGAUAACUUUGUGUUUGGACAGAAUGGAGCAAGUAAUAAUUGGGCCAAAGGCCAUUACACCGAGGGUGCCGAGAUCGCUGACCAGGUACUCGACGUGGUACGUCGCGAGGCCGAGAACUGCGACUGCAUUCAAGGUUUCCAACUGACCCACUCGCUCGGUGGCGGCACUGGGUCCGGCAUGGGUACUCUACUACUGUCGAAAAUUCGAGACGAGUACCCGGAUAGAAUCGUCAACGCCUACUCGAUCGUACCAUCGCCAAAAGUACAGGAUACAGUUCUUGUCAAUUUGACCGACUCGACGUUUUGCAUUGACAAUCAAGCGCUAUACGAGAUUUGUUUGAGGACCUUGGAACUGCCGAGUCCGACCUACGGCGACCUCAAUCAAUUGGUGUCGCUCACGAUGUCUGGAGUAACCACUUGUUUACGAUUUCCAGGUCAACUAAACGCCGAUUUGCGGAAACUGGCCGUAAACAUGGUACCGUUCCCGCGCUUGCACUUCUUACUCACGGGUUUCGCUCCAUUGAUUUCAAGGGUCUGCAAAGUCUACAACAACUUAAGCGUACCAGAGUUAACUCAGCAAAUGUUCGAUUCCCGAAACGUCAUGGCUGCUUGUGAUCCACGCAACGGAAGGUACUUGACCAUAGCAGCGAUUUUCCGUGGUAAAAUUUCAAUGCGGGAAAUCGACGACGAAAUGUUGAACGUCCAGAACAAAAACAGUCCGUACUUCGUUGAUUGGAUUCCCAACAACGUGAAAACCGCUUUGUGUGACAUACCACCGACGGGUCUCGAUAUUUCGGGCACGUUCCUCGGCAAUAGCACCGUCAUACACGAGGUUUUCAAGCGCGUUUCCACGCAAUUCAGUCUGAUGUUCAAGCGAAAAGCCUUUCUACAUUGGUUCACCGGCGAAGGCAUGGAGGAGAACGAGUUUACCGACGCGCAUGCCGAUUUACUCGAUUUGAUCGCCGAAUAUCAACAGUACGAGUGCGCCGAGGAAUGUCAUAAUGAAGAUGUCGACAUCGUUGAAGAAGAGUCGUAGCAAGAGAUGUUCGUAGGCCUGCUUAAAAUUUUCAAGUGAGGACUGACGGCUUUGAUAUUGCUGAUUUUUUUUUUAGUGAUUACGCUUUAUUUCAUAGUUAUCAAAUUUAUGUGAGUAAUUGUUUCGUCAUGGCUACCUAUGAUUCCUGUUAACAAUCAUUUGUGUUGAAUAAUUAAUACAGUUUUAAUGUUCCUAAAUUUUCACUUUUUUUACGAUCUCAUUGUAAAAUAAUAAAUUGUAAUACUCUCUUCAAUCAGAUUUUAAUUCAAUUGCACAUUAGGUUUAUAAAAAGUGAAAAAUGUAGCUAUUUCAACUAACAGAAAAUUAUUGAAUUAGAC